AUGGAGCAUAUUACCGACGCCCAGUUGCAGAGUUUUCUUUCCGAUUUUGAUACAGCGUGUCCUCCUGACUUCGAGCCGUUUGGCCCGUUUGUUGAUGCAAAUUUAUUCUCUGCUCCGGAUGGGGGGGAUUUCCACUUCUUUCCCCCGCUUCCUCCAAUCCUAGAGGAUGAGAUCGCCCAGAUGUCCGAUCUCCCGCGUCUUGAUUAUGAUUAUGACAAUCUAUCUAUCCACUCGAUCGCGACCUCGGUACCAGAACGAGAAAGAGACGAAGCAAUGGCGCUAGCCCGGUGGACUCAAUUUAGACUUGACCAACAGAUAGCGAAACAAGAGGCAAUGGAGCAAGACCUUAACGCAAUGAGAGCAACAUUCGAAAAAGUCAGAAAGUAUCAUGUCGAAUGUUUGAAUCCCUGGGUCGAGUCUGUCACAGCAGCCCUUCACAAACUGGGAUGUAUGCACGAGGAAACACCAGCUUCCGCAACCGAUGGCGAAUUUGAUAUUAAUAUCCCGAUUCAGCCUUGA